AUGGCAGAUAUCGUACCAUUCCAGAUACAUCUUUCAGAUCAGUUCCUUGAGGAGACCAAGGCAAAGCUGAAGUAUGCGCGCUUGGACGAUAAUAUGGCCGAGGUAGAAUGGAAUGAUCUUGAAUUUGGACAUGUGGCAUUCAAGAAAGUGAUUGAGUAUUGGCGGGAUGAGUAUGAUUGGCGCGAAUUCGAAGCACAUCUAAAUACAUUCAACCAUUUCAAAACUUCGAUUCCAGUCAGUGGGUUCGACAAUAUUGAGCUCCAUUUUUUGCACCACCGAUCGAGUAAGGCAGGGGCUAUUCCGUUAAUCUUUGUGCAUGGUUGGCCCGGUUCAUUUCUUGAGUCUUUAAAGAUUAUACCGUUGCUCACCGAGCCUUCCAAUGGUAGACAAGCAUUCCAUGUGGUCGCUCCGUCAAUCCCAGGGUACGGGUUCAGUAGAUAUUCUAAGAAGUCCGGCUUUGGGCUAGAGCAACAUGCAGAAUGCUUCGCCAACCUGAUGAAGACUCUCAACUACGACCGCUAUGUUUGUCAGGGCGGAGAUUGGGGCUCGUCAAUUGUCCGGUAUAUGGCACUCAACCAUGCUGAAGCUGUGCAAGCAAUACAUAUCAACAUGUUUUUGGCAUUGCCGCCUAAUCGUAAAGAGGCACCCGAAAAGUAUGCGCGUUAUGUGGCCAAUGAUUUCAGUCAGCAGGAGAUUGUGAAUCUGGAGCGCACCAAUUGGUUUGCGACGGUUGAGCGUGGGUAUCAGCGAAUUCAAGAAACCAAACCAGUGACUCUUGGAUAUGCACUUCAUGAUUCUCCAGUGGGUAUGCUGGCUUGGUUUGCCGGAAAGUUGAAAGCGUGGACAGACGAAUAUCCUUGGACGCCACAAGAAAUCAUCCAUUGGGCAUUUAUCCACUAUCAAGGUAGUCCGAGUGCUGCAAUGCAAAUCUAUAAGGAAGCCGAAGCAGUUUUAAACGAAAAUCCAACAAGUAUGCUGGGAAGAUAUAUCUCGCAACCGGUUGGGGGAUCGUUAUUUCCCAAGGAGCUAUGGCUCUAUCCCCGUGAAUGGAUGGAAGAGACUUGUAACAUCCAGUUCUGGAGACAGCAUAAGAGUGGAGGUCAUUUCAUUGCUUGGGAACGACCAGAUGCACUAGUGGCAGAUGUCGCAGAGUUCUAUAGUAAAUCAGGUCCAGUUUUUGGCCACCAGCAGAAAUAA